CUUCAUUCCCAGACAACUCCAGAACUAUUCAUACAUCAUGGCAUUUCGAGGCCAACGCUUUACUCUCAAUCUUGAUGAUGAUGCGGACCUUAAUCUCGAUUCUUCACAACCUUCCCUCGACUCCUCCCCUUUCGGUCUGAUAGGCGAGAUCCGCGAGCGCUCCCCCUCCGCUGCCGUGCCCCCAGCUCCUAAACCCUCCACCGCAUCAACAGGCUUCCCUCAACAUCGACGACGUGUGAAUCAGUCUGCUUUCAAACAGCGCAGAGCGAACAAGCAACAAGAAUCGUCACCGCCGCCUGCGGAGACUCCUUCUACCGCCCUUUCCGUUGAGAAGAAGAGCAUCGACGAAGAGAACCGUCGGCAACUGGCGUCCAUGUCACCGGCCCAGAUUCAACAGGAGCGGGAGGAGCUGAUGUCUUCAUUGAACCCGUCCUUGCUCGAGAGAUUCCUCCGUCGCGCACGGAUCGACGAUGACGACACUAUCACCACAACCGAGAAAAGCUCGUCACAACCAGAGCCAGCGCUCUCGUCUUCGUCAUCAGCGCAAGAUGCUUCUACGGCGAAACCCAAGAAAUCAGUCUCGUUCGACGUCGAAGAAGAUUCUCAGACAGCAACAGAGAAGCAAGAGCGAUCGCAGUUCAAAAAAACUCCCCCGCAUCAUGAGGCCUUUCAUUUUCCUACACCUCCGCGCCAAAACAAGCCACCAAAUCUCGAUCCUUCGUCUCCUUCUUUCCUGUCUGAUCUCCAAGCCCAUUAUUUCCCCGAAAUGUCUCAUGAUCCAUCAGCGCUCUCCUGGCUGCAGCCGCCCUCAGCCGACCCGGAAGAUCCUGACUCGACGUCCGCAUACCACCCUGCAAGUAGUGCAGAGGCCGUUCAUCCCUCCGCUCUCCGAUUCUCCCUCAUUGGCAAUGUCCUCUCCCCCACCACUUCGCUCUCCCUCCCCACCACUCUCGGUCUGCAUCACCACGGCAAGGAUCCGCAUGCUGCCGGCUACACCAUUCCCGAACUCGCCAUCCUCAGUCGCUCGACCUUUCCCGCUCAACGGUGCAUCGCCUGGCAAGUUCUCGGCCGUAUCCUGUUCCGCCUGGGCAAGGGCCAGUUUGGUGAACGCGGCAGCCCCUUGGUCGAGGGCAUAUGGUCCGUGAUCGAGCGCGAGGGCGUACUGGCCGGCAUGUUGGCCGAAGCAGACGGUGCUCCCUCCGGCCCGACUCGUUCAGCUGCCGCUCGUGACUCAACGGCCGCUGAUCUGAACAACCCAUCUCCGUUGCCAACACAAGGUACUCCAGUGCCAAAGGGGGCAACUGGGAUCGGUCGUCACGCCAGUGCCUCCGCCUGGGCUGUGGAGGGCGUUUGGCUCUGGCAGAUGGGCGGAGGAGGAGAUCGGGGUAUCCUAAAGGAGAAUACUAUCCGAUCGCAGUAGUCUAUCGGCAUUUCUCGCAUAUGCCGGAUCAAAAGCUUGCAUCUUUUGUAUCAUAUAUAUUAUCUGCUACCACAAUCACGAUGACAUGACAUGAAAC